AUGUCCCCAAAUGGUCCUAGAAGGGUUAUAAUAGAAGAGAUUGAAGAUGAGGAACCACCUCUGCCCGUAUCCCCUACUGUAGGGUUGACCUUGGCAAGGUAUGGGUUUUUCACACCUGAGUUGAGUAGGGGUAGAGGUUGGAAACCUACCCAAGGUAGCUCAUCAUGUAGUAAAAAGCUUUGCUUAGAUUGGGUAGACAAAGGAGGAAUAAGUGUUGUUGAAGGUGAUCAAGUUGACCUUGUGACUACUAAUGUUGAUGUAGAUAUGGUUGAAAAAUUAGUGAAUGAAGAUGUAGAGGAGGGGCAACCUAUUGCAAAUAAGGGUGUAGAGGAGGGGUGUACUGCUAUGAAUAAGCAACAACAAUCAAAUGAAGUCCCUUUUGAAGACAACUAUAGUGUAGAAGAGGAAAUUUUGGAAGAUUUUUACCCUUUCUAUGGGGUUGAAUUUAAUGAAAGUAUUCCGAAAAAACCAUCCAACAUGGUUGAUGUAGAUGCAAGUAAUGAUGAUGAUUCAGAUAGCAGUGAAGACAACAGUGAAGAUAAUGACUUUAUGGUUGAUGAAGAUAACCUAAUUCCAGAUAUUGAAGUAGACAUGGAGAAUUUUUACAUGAGUAUAGACACAAAUGCAGAGUACUUAGGGAGUGUGUAUAAGUUUCAUGAGGGUAAUGAUGUUCAAGAGGAAGUAGAGGAUAUAGAGGUUAUUAACAAUGAUGAAUGGGAUUCUAUGGGUGAAGACUCAGAUAAUGAUAGGAAAAGAAGGCAGAUCAUCAAACAGUUAGGCAAGGAGAGAGUGUGUUCUCAUGGUGAAGUGCACAAGGUGGCCUUCCAUUCAAUGCAAGUGGGGUUGGUGGACCUACCACAAAAAAAGGUAAAGGGCAAAGAAGUAAUUGAAGAAAAGGCCAAGUGUACUUGGAGACUCCACGCUUCUAGGGCAAAUGAUAAUGAGUACUGGUUUGUAAAGGGCAAAGAAGUAAUUGAAGCUCUCGCAACAAAAAUGGUGGUCGGAGACUAUACUAAACAGGAUGCAGUUUUAAGAGAUUAUGUGUUAGAGUUACAAGCAACAAAUGUGGAUACAACUGUAAAAAUUCAAGUGGAGUCUGAGCCUAACUGUAACAACUCAACCAGGCAAUUCAAAAGGAUGUAUGUGUUCUUAGGAGCUUUAAAGAAAGGGUUUAAGAUUGGGAUGAGGGAUUUUUUAGGUUUGGAUGGUGCAUUCAUGAAAGGACCAUUCCCAGGUCAGAUUCUUACAGCUGUUGGGGUUGAUUCCAACAAUGGAAUCUAUCCCCUAGCAUAUGCAAUUGUGGAGACUAAGAACACCGAUAGCUGGAAAUGGUUUUUGGAAUGUCUUGGAGAUGACUUGGACAUUCAUGCUAACUCAAACUUCACAUUUAUCAGUGACAAACAGAAGGGUCUCAUACCUGCUAUUGCACAAAUAUUUCCUUGUGCUGAACAUAGAUAUUGUCUAAGGCAUAUCUAUGAGAAUAUGAGAAAAGGUCUAUAUUUUUGUGUUCCAUUUCGUGAACAACUACUCAAAUAUUAUGAGAAGGUUAAAAAUCCAGAUGUGGAAGAAAAUCUCCUUACAUGUUUGGCAGAACUGUUUACACAGAUUAGUACACAAAAGAAGAAAAUAGAUGUUAUUGCUCCAAAACGCUUUGUACAAAGAGUGAAGAAAGAACAUGAACUUUUCUGUGGUUACAUGCAUCAGGAUGCACAUGAAUUUUUGAACUUUUUGUUAAACAAACUAGUUGAUAUACUAGAGAAAGAAACAAAAGGUACAAAAGAACAUUCAUCACCUCCUGAAAAGAUUCCCAAUGGCAUACAUGUCCCUUUGGCCAAUGGUGUAAGAAAGGAGACCUUGGUUACAUGGGUUCACAAAAACUUUCAGGGUAUACUCACAAACGAAACAAAGUGUUUAAGAUGUGAGACUGUAACUGCAAGAGAUGAGACACUCUUAGAUCUGAGCCUUGAUAUUGAGCAAAACAAUUCCAUUACAAGUUGCCUAAAGAACUUCAGCUCCACCGAGACUUUAAAUGCUGAGGAUAAGUUUUUCUGUGAUAAGUGCUGCAGUUUACAGGAAGCACAGAAGAGGAUGAAGAUCAAGAAACAGCCGCAUAUUUUAGUGAUACAUGUCGCAAAUAUGCCAAAUCUAAAAGGGUUCUUUUCCAUUAUAAUGGUCAUGGUGUACCUAAACCAACUACCAAUGAGUUAUACACGGUAUAUUCCAUUGCCUAUCAGCAACCUUGACUCAUGGCUCAAGACUCCGUCCAUAUAUGUUUUUGAUUGUUCUGCUGCAGGGAUGAUUGCCAAUGCCUUCAUAGAGGAUUGGACUCCCUCAAGUUCUUAUUUAGGAACUUCACCAAGAGACUGUAUUCUACUUGCAGCAUGUGAAGCACAUGAAAAAGUCAUGAGUUUCCUGUUGAUUUCUUCAUUUCUUGCCUUACAACUCCCAUCAAGAUUGCCUUAA